AUGGGCAGCCGGCCCCGCAGCCCCAGCGCCCACCCCGAGCCCUGCUGGGGACCGCCGCGCGGAGGACCCGGCCCGGCCAAGCGCCGCCGCACCCCGGAGCCCGAGGGCCCGCAAGGCAUGGAGGGGCCCCCGGCCGCCGGCGCGCUCGCCUCCGUGGUGGUCCUGGCCGCCGGCUCUGCCCUGCAGCUGCUCCUGGACGACGUCGACCUGGUGCUCGAGCCCGAGCCCACGUCGGUCCUGCAGGUGUCCCUCGGGGGCCUCACCCUGCUGCUGGUCCCCGAGGCCCUCCUGCGCGCGGGGGGCCAGGGCCACCCGCCUGCCGGCCCGGAGCAGGGCGCCGUCCCGAGCGCGCCCGGGCACCAAGCCGCCGGCCCGCACGAGGCCCUCUGCGCGUCUGUCCCGGACGUGGCCGCCCAGGAGGAGGCCUGUGCGGAGGACGCCGACCCCGAGCUCCCGCCGCCGCGGGCGGGCCCCACGGCCGGCUGGGCGCCUGAGCUGCGGGCCUGCGCUGGGGGGGUGGCCGGGCCGCGCCCGCGCCCGCGGGCCCCCGGCCCUGGUCCAAAGAGGCUCUCUCCUCUCCGCUACUUCGACCUGGACCCCCACCUCCUGGAGCCCUUCCCCGGCUCGCCACUCCAGCCUCUGCCGCCCUCUCCGAGUCCGGGUCCCCACGUGCGCCCCCAGCGCCCUCCAGGACCCUCCCCCAAGGCCCGGAGACGCCUGUUCCAGGAAUGAACGGCUCCCGCAGCCUCUUGCCACCCAGCGAGCACCUUCAGAGAGCCUUCUACCAGCGGCUGUGUGUACAUUGCACAACUUGCAAGAAUCAUCAAGGAUAAAUAACGGACAGAUGCUCGUUUGAUGCUCUUUUGGCCCAAGUGUCCGUGCUGGUUUAUGACAAGCUUGCCAUUUUGACUUUUAUGGUGGCUGUAGACGCUUUCGGGGAACCUAACAAAUAAGUAUAUGUGGACAGAUGUUUGUUGGUUACAAAACAAACACAGAAUGAGAAGCAGUGAUUGUGUGCCUUCCUUUCUUUAAUGAGAAUGUUAUGAAAUAUUUUAACUAUAUUGCUAGGUUGGGGGGAUUUUCCCCAAAAGAACCAACUUUUUUCCAUUAUUUGCUUCCAAAAUAUUUUUAAGAUAAUUCUCCUGUGCUGGAAAAGUUUAUAAUUCUAAAGACUCUGUGUUUUGAUAGUCUAAGAUCCUAAAUAUAUUUUGUACAUUGUUACUGGCAUAUAGAAAUACUUUGUGAUGUUGAUCUGGUAUCCAGAAAAAUUAUUUAAUUUAUUUAAUGGCUUAUCUGUAGAGUAUCUUGCUUAAUUAAUAAAGACAAUAAUACUUCCAAAAUAAUGAGAAUAUUAUCUCUUUUUUUGACAAGCCUCUUAUAUUUUAUUUUUCCUUGGUUUUUUAAUUGGCUAUUACUCCAAUUCCAGGUUCAAUAGUAUGGUUGAUGGGGGCAUCCCUAUUUCAUGGCUUGUAUUAAUGCAAGUGUUUCUAAAUUUUACCAGAAAGCAUGAUAUUUUUCCUGUGCAUGAUUGGUAGAUAGCCCUUAUGCUGUUGAAGAUUAGUUUUUAGUCUUUCUAAUCAUGAAAAAAAUGUUGGACUUCUGUUUUGUCUAUUUGGACUGACUACAAAGGCUUUCUCAAAUUAUUAUAAAUGUUGGCAGUUAAUUGUAUGUAUACAUAAAAUAUCUACAUGGAACCUUUGGGUCAUUGGGUACAUACAGAAACCUACCAACAGAGCAAAUGGGACCAGACUUGGGGCUUCAAGGAUUUUAAAACCUGGAUGCCCUCCUGAGUACUUGAGAAAAGAAGGUAGAAAGGGAAAAACAGUAACUGCUGGGUCACUUUAAGGGUUUUUUAAGUUGAAUUUUAAUGCAAACUCUUCCGUAUGCAUAGAUGACUUUUGUACUUCUUUGUUUAACCUAUUAAUGGGGUGAUAUGCACCUCCUAACAAUAUAAUAUCUUUGCCUUUCUGCUAUUCCAUAUUAUUUGAUACAAUUCUAAUUCUAC